GUGGCGGAGAAUCGAAGAUUCCCAACGCUUCACACAGUUGUAAAAAAAAAGCCGCCCCCCUUUCUUGCAUCGUUUCUUCUCCAUGUAAAUGUGAUUCUCAGCGCUGCACGGCAAUAUCAGAUUUUGAAAGUGGAAAACGGAUUGCGCCUCAAGCUCUUCGGGCUUCUCCAUCCUCUUCCAUUUUUCUGCUUAUUCUCUCACUCCAAUUCUCGGCUGCCGGUUCUGAGUUGCCCGUUUCUAUCCAUCUUUCUAUGUUUCUUUGCUUGGUUCGAUUGCCUAGGUCAAUUUCGAUCAAGGGUGAUAAUCUUUCCUGGUCGAUUUCGAUAGUUUGGUGUUUGGGGUUUGUUUCCCUCUGCAAUAACGAAAGUGCUUCUUACCAUGGAAAAUACAUUUCAAUUAUUUUGAUUUCUCUUAUUGAUAAGCUGUGUUGUGGGUUGCAAUCUGUGAUAGAAAUAUUAAUAUAAGAUGGCUCGAAAAGGAAACCAACCAAGAAAUGGUUUCGAUCGCAAGACAAACAAACUCCAAAAUGUAAUUCCAAGAUCAUUGGAUCCUUCUUUCGUUGAGAGCAAGGAAAAGAAAGGAAAAAGUGACCAGAAUUUUACUUCUUGUGACCACUCAAAUGGCGACUUCCCAUCCAGAUCAAGCAAUCCUUUUCCCGAGCAAGCAAUAAAUACUGAGAGUACUGGGACUGUUAGGAGUUGCAAGCAAAGAAUUUCUGAUGUUCAUCUAAGGGAGAAGUCAGGUAUUAGGACCCAGAGUUCAGCACGAGCAGGUGUGUCUAUUGAAGUAGUAGACAUUGCAGAACACGACUUGUUAUCUGAUGCAUCCAAGUUGACUGAAACUAAUGAACUGAUGCUCGAUCAUAAUUCCUAUCUUAGCAAAAACAUAUUUGGUAGUUCUUCAGUAAGAAGCGCUUUGGAUUUCGUUGGAUCUCUGGAUGCUAUUAGUGGUUGGAGUUUUAGAUCAGCUUCAUAUGUUCUUAAACUUGCUAGUGGAUGGAUUGAGCAUCAAAAACCUCGGGUCUCCCCUUUCAUCAGCUAUAUGCAUAGCAUAUACGAUUUUGGUAUUGCGAGAAUAAAGUUUGUCUAUCCCGUGAUUUGUACAUGGAUUUUGCAUUUAGGCAAAUUGAUACUUUUCCUUUCUGCGAUUUGGUUGGACUACAGUAUCAGGGGCCUUACCUCAUUGUUGCAUUUGGGUACGGCAUCAUUAUUUACAGUUCUCUGGUGCAGUUUACUUUCAAUCGUUGGUAUGGUUGGAUUCAUAAAAUUGCUUAUCAUGGUGGUCAUUGCCGUUAUGCUGUUGAUUUUCAUUGGCAUUGCUCCUGCAAUUUUGGUGCUUGCCAUUUCUGCAACUGUGGUUUUGUGGUUCUAUGGCAGCUUUUGGACGACAAGCCUUGUCACUUUAAUGGGAGGUGCCUCAUUUGGCUUGCAUCAUGAACGAAUUGCACUUUUUGUGACUAUGCUGUAUUCUCUGCACUGCGCAAGAAGUUAUAUGGGCUGGCUUGGCUUGCUUCUUGGCCUUAAUCUAUCUUUUAUAUCUAGUGAUGUUCUAAUUCACGUCCUAAAGAAUAAUGCAAAUGAAAAUAGGUAUGACUUUCCACAACAACAAGAUACAAGGCAAAAUGCUAGAGCAGAUUUUUGCUUUCAUUCAUAUUGUUCUGCUGUAGAUAAUGUCUUUUAUACUUCAUGUAGGGGAUCAGCUGAUUUUAGCCACGAGAUUCCUUCAACCAGCGGUAGAGAAACAGAGUUAACAUCUGAAGAUGAAGUAGCUCGGCUGUUGAAUAGUUGUGAUCACUAUACAGCAUUGGGCUUCAACCGGUUUGAAAAUGUUGAUGUUUCUGUGCUCAAGAAAGAGUACAAGAAGAGGGCAAUGCUAGUCCAUCCUGACAAGAACAGGGGCAAUGAGAAAGCUGUAGAAGCCUUUAAAAAACUUCAAAAUGCAUAUGAAGUUCUGCUAGAUUCCAUUAAGAGGAAGAACUAUGAUGAUGACUUGAGAAGGGAGGAGCUUUUGAAUUACAUUAGAAGUUUUCAGACUUCAUCCCAUAAGGAUGAGAGGCAUGGUAUCUUGAGUUUUGAAUCCACUCAUAUUGAUGCUGAAGAUAGAGGUUCUUAUGGAGAAUCAAGAAGAAUCUUCUGCAAGAAGUGUGGUACCUUCCAUAUAUGGAAUCCUAUAGAAAGAUCAAAAUCUCAAGCAAGAUGGUGUCAGGAUUGCAAAGAUUUCCAUCAGGCUAAAGACGGUGAUGGCUGGCUUGAACAGUCAAAUGUUCCAUUUCUUUUUGGAUUGCUGCAGAAGGUUGAAGCCCCACGUGCUUAUAUUUGUGCAGAAAGUAGGAUAUAUAAUGCAACCCAAUGGGUCAUUUGCCAGGGAAUAAAAGCUCCGGCAAACACACACAAGCCUAGCUUCCAUGUGAACAUUAGCUUAAAUUCAAAAUACAAUGGCAAUUCCAAAGCGUCUGGCUCAUCACAUAGAGAAAGUGGAAGCAUGCCAUCACCCAACAUGGCCGGCAGCAUGACUGAGGAAGAUUUGUACGAGUGGUUGCAGAAUGCUAUGAAUUCUGGCAGAUUUGAGCCUGACUUCACCCACAAAGAGGGUCCUUCAAGUAGCAGCUGCGAUUUGAAGAGCAGUAGCAAGAAGAAGAGAAAGGGGAAGAGGCAGUGGUAGUUUUUUUUCUUUUUUUUUUCUUUGUUUGUAUUUUUCUGAGGAAAGAGUUACUGUUUUUCUCUUGCUAAAUUACUACAUUUCUAACGAUCUUGCUAAAUAAUGCCUUCUACGUGCUGCCAUCUCUCUUACUCUCUCUCUCUGCUCGUAUACACAUUUAUAAAUUUUGUGAUCGUUAUGGCUUUAUAAACAAA